UGGUGUUUGCUCAGCAGGGAGCAGGUCCUGGAAAGCACGGAGCUGUUUGGGAGGGGGCGGGUGGCGCAGCGGGUCAGUAUAAAGUCCAGGUGUUUGCUGUGUGCGGAGGACACAGCGCCAGGAACCUUUCUGGGAGCGAGCCCCGCGUGGAGGCGUGAGGAACGAUGAACUGGGCCGGCCUCUACGCGGUGCUGAGCGGGGUGAACCGCCACUCCACGGCCAUCGGGCGCAUCUGGCUCUCCGUCAUCUUCAUCUUCAGGAUAAUGGUGCUGGUGGUGGCGGCCGAGAGCGUCUGGGGGGACGAGAAGUCCGCCUUCACCUGCAACACGCAGCAGCCGGGCUGCAACAGCGUCUGCUACGACCACUUCUUCCCCAUCUCGCACAUCCGCCUGUGGGCCCUGCAGCUCAUCCUCGUCACCACGCCGGCCCUGCUGGUGGCCAUGCACGUGGCCUACCAGCAGCACCAGGAGAAGAAGCUGCUGAUGAUGACGGGCCACGGGGACGCCAAGCACCUGGAGGAGGUGAAGAAGCACAAGAUCCGCAUCGCGGGCUCGCUGUGGUGGACGUACAUGUGCAGCGUGGUCUUCAGGCUGCUCUUCGAGGCGGUCUUCAUGUACAUCUUCUACAUGAUCUACCCGGGCUACCAGAUGGUGCGGCUGGUCAAGUGCGAGGCCUACCCCUGCCCCAACACCGUCGACUGCUUCAUCUCGCGGCCCACCGAGAAGACCAUCUUCACCGUCUUCAUGCUGGUCACCUCCAGCAUCUGCAUCGUGCUCAACAUGGCCGAGCUGGUCUACCUGGUGGUGCGGGCCUGCGCCCGCCGCAGCCGCCACAACUCCAACCCCUCGUCGGGGAAGGGCUCCUUCUACGGCCACAAGCUCUCCGAGUACAAGCAGAACGAGAUCAACCAGCUGCUGACGGAGCAGGACGGCUCCCUCAAGGACAUGCUGCGCCGCAACCCCGGGCUGCAGGAGAAGGGCGACCGCUGCUCCGCCUGCUAAGGCCCACGCCGCAGGGGCUGCAGCCCUCGGCCCUGCCCCGCAGCCUCCCUGCAGCCCCGGGGGGACCCCACGCCGCCCCCAUCCUGAGUUCGGCACCCCCCAGUGCCUGUCCUCCUGGGCGGCGAGGAGGGCACAGCCGCUGCUGCGCGCUCGGGCCAUUAAAUCUCCGUUCUCAGG